CAAAAAAAUCAAAACAUACUUCAAUGCUUAUUAUUCUUUGUAACUGAAAAUAGGUGUAGCGUAAACAUUAGCAUGUCCAGUAGGCCCAGAUAGCUCGUAUUACAUUUCUUAUGGCGUUUCGCGAAUUCUGUUUUGACUAUUUAUUACGGACUCAAAUAGAGGGCUGGAGAUAUAUUUUCAUCGACAGGAGAGGGGCACGGCAGCUGGAGCAAAAGCCUUGCUGUCACCUUGUAGGAGGGGUUCAUUGUGUGUGCGAGACCUCAGAGUCACUGUGCUAUUGUGUUCUCUAGAGGGGAAUCAAGUUUCCCUGGCAACGGUGGGAUGCCUACCCAGAAGCUUAGGGACGGAGAAUGAGCAAGACAGAGAGGGAGGGAAAGAGGGUGAGAAAAAAGCGAGGGAAAGCGCAGACUGUCCCCCCUCUCACAGAGACUUUUGGGAAGGGGUGCCGUUCUCCGUGGCCAGCAGAAAUGGAGCUGAUGAGGCCAUGCUUUGAAUCGUGAGACCCUCGCUGGCAGACUCGUGCCCGGACAAUGCGUGUGCCGUUACGACCCAGGAGCUGCUGUGUGGCGCUCAGUCUAUUCCUGCUCACCUUGAUGCUACAGAGUCUCUGGGUCCCUCCACAGACGGCGACGGGUGACCUCCGGGGACUGGCACCUGCGGAUCAGGGGGGCCCCCGGAGCAGAGUGCACAGACUGUCCCUGCGCCUGGACGCCCUCAGCUCCCAGGUCCAACGGCUGAGCCGGGAGAGGGGCAGCACGCCGUCGCCACAGCAGGACCUCACCCAGCUGCUACUACGGUUGAAGGAUGACCACGGGAAGUUGGUGCGUUCCAUGGAGAAGGAGCUGUUGCUCAUGUCGCAGAAGCUGGACCGGCUCCUGCAGAGGACCCCCCUGCCUGCACCCCAGGAGCACACUCCCCUGCCAGCUCUCUCUCAGGUGUGUGAGGUUCCUGACCAUCCCAGCUUCCCCCUGUGUGCUGGAAAAGUGGAGUUUCUGAGAGCCAGCUGGCGCUCUGACCCGUGCUAUGCCUUCUACGGCGUGGACGGCUCCACCUGCUCCAUCCUGGCCUACCUUAGUGAGAGGGAGGAAUUCUGCCCCCUGCUGCCCGGGCAUAACCGCACCGCUCCACCCUGGAAACACCAGCCAGCACAGGAGAAGGAGAAGGCAUUGAUUCGGGCUGACCUAAGCCCCCUUUAUAAAUUGAUGGGAAGUGGCUGGGGUCCUGCAGUGAAAUUCAUGUGGUCUAGGAUAGAAAGGCUGGCGGCCAGGUGGACAAAAGCUGGGGAGAAAGUGUGGCGGAAAAUUUCACAUCGAUCUCCUAGUCAGCUCAGGGUUCUGCUGUUCCCAGGGGUUCUGGCUGGAGGUGGGGGCCAGAGUUUCGGGGAGAUGGUGGAACGAGGUGGUCCCCUCGGGGAGCUGGUGCAGUGGGCAGACAUUAGUGCUGCCUUCUUCAUCUUGGGGCACAACCUGACCUUCACGGUCUCUCAGGGCCACCUGCUCAGCCUCAUUGGAGCUGCUCCGGGCAGGGGGAGCUGCCCCAUCCAGAGCCCCAUUCCCUUUGACCUUAUCUACACUGACUACCACGGUCUGGCUCAGCUCCGUGGAGUCAUGGGUCUGUCCUUCCAACACUACCAGUGCCGCUUUAGAGUUCUCGACUCCUUCGGCACGGAGCCCGCUUUCAACAUUGGGGAGUAUGCACGCCAACGAGGCUACAGUACCGUGUGGGGCAGCUGGGGGCUGGAGACCCAGCAGUACAUGACUAUGUUCCCGCACACACCUGAUAACUCCUUCAUGGGCUUUGUGAGCGAGGACGCGGGACACGGUCGCCAGGCGCAGCCUCAGAGGAAGGAAAACAUCGCCGUGGUCUACGGCAAGCAGGCCUACAUGUGGCAGGGUAAGGAGCGAUACCUCGAGACAAUUAGCCAGGAGCUGGAGAUCCAUGGCACCGUGUUCCUGCCGGAAGGACAACCUUCCCUGCUGCCCAGCUUUGUCCACAACCACGGCCUGCUGACCCAAGAGCAGCUACAGCAGCUGCUGAGGAGAGCCAAGCUUUUUGUUGGUCUUGGAUUUCCGUACGAGGGCCCAGCUCCCCUGGAGGCCAUCGCUCUGGGGUGUGUGUUCCUCCAGCCGCGCUUCCAGUCCCCUCAUUCCUCUGAAAACAGCAACUUCUACAAGGGGAAGCCAACCACGCGUCAGGUCCACUCCCAGCAUCCCUAUGCCGAAGACUUCAUCGGCAAACCUUACGUGUGGACCGUGGACAUUGAUAACACUACUCAGGUGCGAGAAGCUGUCAAGGCUAUCCUGAGUUUGGAGGUGAAUCCUUUCAUUCCCCAUGAGUUUACCUGUGAGGGGAUGCUGGAGCGCGUCUAUGCUUACAUCACCCACCAGGACUUCUGCAGCACGUCCCUCCCCACUUGGCCUGCAGAGGGCGCUCUGGUUGUGCAGCUGGCCCCGCUCGGCCAGUCGUGCAUCUCCAUGUGCAAGCAGACCUCCCUGGUUUGUGAGCCUGCCUUGUUUCAUCACCUCAACAAUCCAGCUGCCUUCAAGAGACUCGGGCUGACUUGCGCGAGCACUGAGGAGGAGGUGGACCAUCUGUUCCCGGCGUACAGCCCCUGGGGGCGCCGGUGCUCUCUGCAGAAGGACAGGCUGCUGUACAGCUGUGCCGGCGCACACCCCUCCUACCGCAGGCUGUGUCCCUGCAGGGCCUACCAACCGGGGCAGGUGGCGCUCUGUCCCGGCUGCCUGUAGAGCACCUAUGAGGAUGGAGGAACAUUUUGGAACACAGCGACCCCUUGGCAUGCGUCCUCAAGGAACCCGCUCCAGCUGAUCAGCAGUGCCACGCUCAACUCGGGACAGAAUCCAAGAGACACCUCUUCCGAUACUCCAUUAACGGGGGGUCUUUUCCAAUUAUUUUUUUUCCACUUCAGUUUGUUUCAUCAUUAAAGACAGGAAUACCAAUUAAGGCGGGGCUACGAGGCAUCCGAUUCACGGGGCCCUUUCAAGCUGGUGGGAUAAAGGCAGUAACAGUGUGAUUAAAGGAGAAAAGGAGCGAUCAGAGCGGGCAUUACAGGGCGUGACAGAGUGUGUCAUCCCCGGGGAGGGGUGGGGGGAGGGGCUGGCUGAAAGUAAUGAGCUCAGGGGGCAGGAGAGUGUAGGCGGGAGUACAGGACCACCAGCAUCACCCCCUCCCCCCACCACAGGAAAGAGGAUGGGGGGGGGCAAGAAGGAGGGCAAGCAAGGUGCAGAGCUGUCAGGGCUGUAGUGUUGUGGGUAACAGCAAGCAGCUGCUGCUCCAAAAACGGGAACUGCAUGGUGAGUGGGGGGGCACACCGCCUUCCCAAGGUAUCUGAUGAAUACUCCACCCCCCCCUUCUCUGCAGUCAUGUUGGACCCCAUGACCUGACACAUAGCCGUGACUGAGCAGAGCAGGUAGAACUUGAAGGUGGCUCCAGGCUCAAUGAGGACCCUGCGGCCGGGCACAGAGAGGGCCUCAUAUCCGGUCACAGAGAGGGCCCCAUGGCCGGGCAUAGCGGGGGCCCCAUGGCCGGGCACAGAGAGGGCCUCAUAUCCGGUCACAGAGAGGGCCCCAUGGCCGGGCACAGGGGGGGCCCCAUGGCCGGGCACAGAGAGGGCCUGAUAGCCGGGCAUAGCAGGGGGCCUGUGGCCAUGCACAGUGGAGGCCUCAUAGCAUCCGGGCAGCGUGGCAAAGGCCGGCUCUGGGCCCUGGAGUGAAUCUGACACACUUAAAAGUUUGCAGAAAAUUAGCAAAGUUAAAGAUGCAGCCGGUUCAACAAAAUGUGUGAUGCUGACGCCCUGGGGGCAGUUUAUUCACUGAAUCAAAUAAUGAGGCUAAUGAAGCCACUGAGGGCAGACAUGUAGCCCAUAAAACACAACUUUAAAUGACUAAUUUGCUUUGCCAAGGGUAACUGGAAAAUAGACAUAUAUAUAUUGUUCCACUGGAUAUUUAUGGCAUCUUGUGCUGGGAUUCAUGGACAUUACAAUGCAGGACUUGGGUUCUGCUUGAUAGAUCUGGCUUUUGAAGUUCAGAACCGAGUUCUAUUUGUAGAGCAACGUCCACGACGCAUUUGAAGCACAAGAUCCGUUACCUCUAUCGGCUGCACGUUUUCCUGAGACCUCAGGCGAAUAGCAUGACUCCAAACUGUGUCUUUAGAACAAUCAAAGGCCUGCAGAAAAUAAAAAUAAAUGAGUUGGUUCAGGGUGCUGAGCUCAGGGAGGGUAAACAAUGGGUUGCGAAGCUGCCAUGGCUCUGAGUCUGCAGCAUCUGCUCUGGUUACUUUCCAUCGUUUGAUUGGCCAGUCACGCCGAGCACAGUAACAGCCUUCACCACGGGCUACGGCUGGCCCUCUGCCGUACCCCGAAAGCGCUAACGGUGAGGCGGUAAUGAACGUCGGCAAGGAUGCAUUCAAACAAACAGCGGGAUCAAAACCGACAGCCGAUGCCGACUUUCACUUAUAUUACCCCGUACUUUGAGAUCCAAAAUGUUGAAAUUCACGCACAGCAAUUUGUACCUGGACCUUGACAGCAGGUAGGAUUGAAUGGGGGGCAAAUGUUUAAAGCCACAAAUGUCAAACAAAAUGCCAUGCUUGGGGUGGGGUAAUUCUGUGUACUUCAGCACAGCUGGAGCAGCCAGAACUGUUUUUACACUCUGAUUAAAGGUUGAGAAUGAGAAGGGGGGGGGGGGG